UUCAGUGUGAUAAAUAAGACCACCCGUGGCUGAUUCCAGGGACAUGGAAUCACCCAAACCCACUCCUCUCUUUCGUCUGUCGUCUCACAAACACUAAAAAACCAAAACCCAAACUGAAAGCGAGAGAGAGUGUUGCAGCAGCGCUUCUCUGGCGUAGUCAAAGCCUGAAGUUUUAACGGUCUUUUCCGGAUUUUGACGCCCUUUUGAGUUUUGACCGUUAAUUUUUCAUUGCCGUUGCUCCUCCUGAGAGAGAGAGAGAGAGAGUAAUUCACCUUUUGCUUCACCUAAUAUAUAGAUUACACAGCGUUGGUGACUCUGUGACGAAGGGGGUGGUGAAAGCAGUUGAACAAAUGGCGGCAGAGAAAAUUGCUGUGAAGGAAUUGGAGGUGGUGAAACUGAAGGAAGUGUUGCGGUCUUGCCAGGUGGGUGAUGAUAAAAGCGAGUCAUCAGGGUCGCUGGUUGUGUAUCAUGAGCUAAGAAGUGAGGAAAAUGGGUCCUAUGAAGUUAGUAGCAAGCGGGAAAUUGAAGAUUUUGAUAUGGAUGAGUUCUUAAUCAAGGAAGGGCUCUGUGCAGUUAUUUUCAGGGAGGCUGUCAAGGAUGCUCAGUCACAAAUCAGUGACUUGAGCACUGAUUAUUUACAGGAAAAUGAUAAUCGAGUUUCCCUUGAACUAAAAGUACUUGAAAAAACCAAGGAAUUGGACUUGAUAAAGGGUGAGUUGUCAGAUGCAGUGAACCAAAUAGAAGUAGAUAAAGUUGAAAUACAAAAUUUAAAAGGCCAUGUUGGUAGCCAGCAAGCAAUGUUAGCCAAAAGAAGUGAGGAAAAUGAAAAUCGAGUUUCCCUUGAACUAAAAGUACUUGAAAAAAACCAAGGAAUUGGACUUGAUAAAGGGUGAGUUGUCAGAUGCAUUGAAACAAAUAGAAGUAGAUAAAGUUGAAAUAAAGACUUUAAAAGACCAUGUUGGUAGCCAGGAAGCAAUG